AUGAGUGACUAUCAACAGAAGACCAACGAUGAUGCUUCCCAGAACAACACCGUAGGCAUCCUUCAUCCGAUGCCUGAGAAUACGGCUCCGACUAGCAGCUCGGCGGCAAACACCUCGUCCUCUUCAUCCGCCAAGAAGAGAGGUCGGGGGGCUUCCAUGCUGCAAUACCUACAAAGUGCACACCGGUCACACGCCGCUGCAAGGAAUAGAGAGGCGGAGCUUGAAGAGACGGUCACGCGACUUCAAUCGACAACCGAGUCAACACAAAAUGAGAACGAAGAGUUGAAGGCUAUGAUAGAAGAGCUUCAACUCCUCAAGACCCAAGCCGAGCAGGAGGAGGCCCUGUCCCAGGAGAUCGAUUGGGAGGCGAUAGUAAAUGAGAUCGAUUGGGAGAAGACUACAAAUUAG